AUGGGGCUGCAAAGGUGCGGCAAGAGUUGUAGACUGAGGUGGAUAAACUACCUAAGGCCCGAUCUCAAGAGAGGCAAUUUCACUCCACAAGAAGCUUCCAUCAUCAUCGAGCUCCAUCGGGUCCUAGGCAACAGGUGGGCUCAGAUUGCGAGGCACCUGCCCGGAAGGACUGACAACGAGGUGAAGAACUUUUGGAACUCCAAUAUCAAGAGAAAGCUUAUGGCCCAUCAGAGCUUGGGCCCUUCGGAUCUCAGGCCCGCUAAUAGUAGCCUGCUCAUGUCCAACACAGCGAACUUCCAGAAUCCCCAAUUGGCCCACAACCAGCUGAACCCUAAUCCGCAAAUCACCCAAUUUUACGCGGUGGAAGCGGCGGCGGCUCCGCCGGGGGCGACACUCAAUGGACUCGGCCGCCCAUACCCCACGGUGCAGGCGAGCUACAAUGUCUCCCUCAUGCCGCCGCCGUCGAUUCGAGUGCCGGCGGCGGUCCCCGAACUCCCGCCGCUUCCGCUUUCGUGCGGCAACGGUCCGGCGGCAGCGGAUCUGGGCGGCGGGGGAGUCGGGUUCGGGUUGGAAUCGUUCGAUUACGAUCUGGAGGAAGCGGAGAUUUUGGAUGCGUUGGCGCCGGAUUUCGCUGAGAUGGAGAAGGUGAUGGAGGGGAUGUUUCCGGAUUCAUCUCCGCCGUCCUCAGCCGCAGGCGGCGGAGACGGAAACGUCGGAGGACAGAUGAUGUUCGAUCCGGUAAUCUCCGAGCCGCUGCACCCCACCCACAUCAGAAACAUAGCAUCUCUGAUGGAGUCCUUCGCGUCGGAGGCUGGCGGCGGAAUCUCCGGCUGGGAGCCAGCUGGGUCAUUCCUGCCGGCCCAGCUGCUGUGCAGUGGGCCCAUUAAUGGGAGCCCAAGUCUUACAGCUGGGGACUGGGUCCCACUGCCAUGA